AUGGAGGCCUUCCUACACAAAUGCCCAGACCAAAGGACACUGAUCAAUCUGUCUUACUCUGCCAGCGUUCCUGAUAUGUUCGCCUUAGUGACCAGCGUAUUACAGCAGCUCAGCGAACCAGAAGCUAUUACAGACUGGGACUCCCAGUCAACGUCAUUCCCUCCAUCGUGGACCAUGGAUUUAGAAGAUUGUAACAGGUACUCAAGCCUUUUUCCCAGGAAAAUCUGGGCUCCUGUAAACCAAACUAACACCGUUGAAUCACGGAGCUCUGAAGAAGAAAAAUUGGGAGAGGUGUCCGCUACCGAACUUCGAAGAAAGAAGCGCUCAUGGCCACUCCCAGGCCUGCCUUCCUCUCCACCCUCUCAUGAAGUUCUGAAGCCCUUCGAUCCACAAAACAAGGAUUUAAAUCGUCAGUCCAACAUCGUUCCUGAAUGCAGUAACGCUAAGAAGCAAGUCUACAUCCUCCAGCGGGACCAUUUCGCAUCCCAGGUCUGGGCUGAGUUUUACGGAGGACACCAGGAGAGCAUCGCGGGAGGUGGGCUAGGGGCCAGCGACACGGAAAAACCAAUUCGGCUGUCUCACACUGCGACGUAUGGGAUAUGGCAGCCGAUGAUUCAAGAGAAUGACUUGUGUGCUAAAAGAGGCACUUACAAAUCACCCCAAUCCAUGUCGCCCCUAUUCUCACUGCCAUUUCAGCAAGAAAAUAGUGUCCCCGAAGCAGCGAAUACCGACCUGCACCAGCCAAAUUGCCCCAAUAACCCGUACACCAAUAAUGUUCAAAGUAAAAAUUUGAGGUGUCCCCUCCAAGAUUCUACAAAUCGUUUACCUCCUCCACCCCCAGGUUUCCAUUCAUCAUACAGUGGAGAUAAAUGCCUCAAAAGCAGAAGUUUAAAUCCCUCAAAGGCAUCGUGUGUACUUUACAAAAAGCCAAUAAUGCCAAUGUAUACUCAGCCACCUGAGUCUUACGGCCACGGCUUCGUUGUCCAGCCUUUUGGCUCCCAAACGGCCCCACAAAGAUGCCACUUUCUGCAAGAUGAGGAGUUUCCCAGUGGCGGGAGAGAUCUAAGUUCCAUCAGGCGCUCCUGGGUUGACCGACAAGCUCCUAAGGAGAAACCCUUGGGCAAAAAUAUGAGAAACACUUCCUUCCGUGAUUGGCCACAGCGUCCUCCCAAAAACAGGUUUGCGAAAUGCCACGGAUCAAACAAUGCCCCAGACGGAGGCCACACCGGUCAGAGAACGGGGCAAAUUGAGAGCUGGGAUAAAAUGAACCCGUCCUUCGUAGGUCGGGACUGGACUCCAUUGCGUGUGUUGAGAAAGUUUCUUGCAUUUCACCCACAUCCAUCUUUCUCCGCCGAUGAUCACGACGACGUCAUCCACCGUUUAAUUCAUGUUAUCGACGACCUUUGCGGAGGUGCCUCUGCGUUGUAUCGUCCCUCCUUAUCGCAGCAUUGCCGUCACAGAUUGGCCACUAAUGAUAGCGAGCCUGCCCGCACACUCUAUGUGCAUUUGGGAGGAUGUUUCAAACAGUGGCAGAUGUUAGAAAGAGAGCGAGCCAAGACAGAGGCUGAUUUAGCAAGGGCUUUUCCUUGGAAACCCUUCACCAGCUCCAGCAAUAUUACAUGUUUCCCCCUUCCAGCUAAUCCCUCUCAAGUGGAUUACCUGAUUUGGAUCCAGUUUCAAGAGCAAGCAAGAGUUUGCAUCUUGCUUGAGAAAAUGGAACAGUUUGGGGGCAUUUCCAUCCACAACAACAUAUCGGCAUCUUUGGAGCGUCACUUGGCAGCCAUUCACACAACCCAGGCCAGGCACAAUGAUGAGAUUUUCAAUGCUGGUAACCCCCGGAGGCCGGGGACAUCAUCGGGUAUCAGUAAUGAAAAAGAAAUCCUGGCCUUGGCAUCAGCUGUGAAUGAGCUCACGUCCUCCACACGAAAAACCCGUACAGCUUUAUGGUGUGUUGUUCAGCAUCGUCUUUCCAAAAUUUGGACCAGAGUUCCUGAUGAGAAUGCCAGCAUCCCCUUACAAACCAAGAUCCUCACAGAGGGCGAAGACAAAGAAAACAAGAGAGUGAAUUAG